AAACUGCUAAUCUUUGCCACUACAACGCCUUCGGAGAGGUAACGUUAUCGUUAUGAAAAACAGUCAUUACAAUGUAAUAACCUGGGGAAUCUAAAUCAUGAGCGGGUGAAAACUGCUCAUCUUUUCCACUACAACGCCUUCGGAGAGGUAACAUAAUCAUUAUGAAAAACAGUAAUUACAAUGUAAUAACCUGGAAAAAGCUGGGAAUAUAUGUUGCUGCAAAAGUAACAUAACUUUAUUUUCUGGAUUUGCUUGGUAACUGCAAACGCACUCAAAUAAACUGCUUUGUCGACAAAAUGCAACUACUUAGCCAUCCAGGAAACAAACCUGUGCUCAUGACUCCCGACUUGCUCCUUUCCUUACUCCAUGAGUAAACUUGCUUUCAAUGGGAUGGCAUGGAAUUUCGUGAAUUUUCUUUUUCAGGCGCCAUUGUCAGUCAGUCUCAAAAAACACCAGGUAAACAACAUAAAAAAAUAAACAAAAUGUCGCUUAUAUCACCGACUGAAACGUGAAUAAACUGUUUCCUCUGGGCCCCCUUUUUCCAGUUUUCUGGAGUUUCGUGUUUCGUCCACGGUGGUGUUUCCUUCCCUUGCUCCCGGCUGAGGACGUUGCAUUGCCCCGCUUGACCACUGGAGGAUCCUGUCGCUACCGCUCGAACACUGCGGUUCGCGAGGAAGGGUUGGGCGAUUUGGAUUGUGGGAAGUGUCGUUUUGCCGAGGAGUUUGUUUUGCGCAGCUAACAGGCGCUAGCAACUGCUUUAAUUUUUCACUUCUUGUCAUUUACAAACGACUACAAUCCCAGAAUGCGUAACGGUUGGAUAUCGAUGGCGGAGAGCAAUGACUGAGGAGUUUGAUGAAGAUGUGGUAUUUGAGGUUUGUUUUUAUUCAGGCACAUAUGUUCCAUUAACGCGUAGUGCAGUGUAUCAAGCCCGAGUUUGUAUAGGUUUUCUGAUUCAUUCUGCGAGCUGAAAUUGGCGUGGUCGACCAGACUGUCAUAGUAGCUGACUCGCUAACGUUAGCUAGCUUAUUAGCAUGGCCAUGAGCAACGUUUACCCAUUGGCGUUUGGCUACCCCUGUUGUUAUGCGUAGCUGAGACAUAAAUCCGAGCAAAAUUGGCCGUGUAGCCUAGUCAAUCCUACCUGACUGUUAAGUAGCUUUUCUUAUCAUGGGGCAGUGUGCUGUUUCAUCAUCAUAGCUGGCGUGGAGCGUGUGUGUCUGGUCGGUGCUUUAUGCGACGUAGGAAGGGAAUAGCUGUUCGAAACAUCUGACAGCCUGAUGUGUCAACAUGUGCGCCACCGAUACCGUCCGAACAUGCAAGUGAGUAAGGUUAGCCCAUCAUGUCAUGCUUGGAUCGGGGGUGUCAUCAUGAUAACGUAUUAUAGGUGGCUCUAUCAAGGUAGGCAAAUGGCUUGCUAUCCAGAUGUAGAAGCACGGAUAUGUUUUGUUUUCUCUCAUGCUACGGAUGAGGAGCGUCGGCAGCUGGUUGGGAAUUGGGUCAGGUGUCUCCUUGGUAAAAUUGGAGCAUAAUGUUGGUUCUUUUUUCUUAAUUGUGGGCAAAUUGUUGUUAUGCCAGUACUGUGUCCUAGAGAUAAAAAGUCGCACUUUGCUGCUGCACAUCUCUCUAUUGUAGGGAGAUUGAGGUGGGAGUCUGACCUGGGAUGUUGUGAUGCAGGACAGUGAUUUGCUCAUCCCUGCUGGCGACAGACACACACACACACACUUCCAGUCAGUCCCACUUUAAGCUGAGCUUUAACACAUGAUCGUGAUGAACGCUCUUUUAUGCAAGGUUUUUAGAUUAUUGUGUUUGUGUUUAAUUCCGUCGCUGGAUUGGACUAAUGGACUUUGGAGCAGAUUAGGUGUAAGAAAGGGGAUUGAAAGAGGCAAGAUGCUUAGGGCCAGAGGGAGAUUUAGGGACUGUAGUGCACAUACAGUGGGGAAAAAAAGUAUUUAGUCAGCCACCAAUUGUGUAGGUUCUCCCACUUAAAAAGAUGAGAGAGGCCUGUAAUUUUCACCAUAGGUACACGUCAACUAUGACAGACAUAAUGAGAAAAAAAAAUCCAGAAAAUCACAUUGUAGGAUUUUUAAUGAAUUUAUUUGCAUAUUAUGGUGGAAAAUAAGUAUUUGGUCAAUAACAAAAGUUUCUCAAUACUUUGUUAUAUGCCCUUUGUUGGCAAUGACACAGGUCAAACGUUUUCUGUAAGUCUUCACAAGGUUUUCACACACUGUUGCUGGUAUUUUGGCCCAUUCCUCCAUGCAGAUCUCCUCUAGAGCAGUGAUGUUUUGGGCCUGUCGCUGGGCAACACGGACUUUCAACUCCCUCCAAAGAUUUUCUAUGGGGUUGAGAUCUGGAGACUGGCUAGGCCACUCCAGGACCUUGAAAUGCUUCUUACGAAGCCACUCCUUCGUUGCCCGGGCGGUGUGUUUGGGAUCAUUGUCAUGCUGAAAGACCCAGCCACGUUUCAUCUUCAAUGCCCUUGCUGAUGGAAGGAGGUUUUCACUCAAAAUCUCACGAUACAUGGCCCCAUUCAUUCUUUCCUUUACACGGAUCAGUCGUCCUGGUCCCUUUGCAGAAAAACAGCCCCAAAGCAUGAUGUUUCCACCCCCAUGCUUCACAGUAGGUAUGGUGUUCUUUGGAUGCAACUCAGCAUUCUUUGUCCUCCAAACACGACGAGUUGAGUUUUUACCAAAAAGUUAUAUUUUGGUUUCAUCUGACCAUAUGACAUUCUCCCAAUCCACUUCUGGAUCAUCCAAAUGCACUCUAGCAAACUUCAGAUGGGCCUGGACAUGUACUGGCUUAAGCAGGGGGACACGUCUGGCACUGCAGGAUUUGAGUCCCUGGCGGCGUAGUGUGUUACUGAUGGUAGGCUUUGUUACUUUGGUCCCAGCUCUCUGCAGGUCAUUCACUAGGUCCCCCCGUGUGGUUCUGUGAUAUUUGCUCACCAUUCUUGUGAUCAUUUUGACCCCACGGGGUGAGAUCUUGCGUGGAGCCCCAGAUCGAGGGAGAUUAUCAGUGGUCUUGUAUGUCUUCCAUUUCCUAAUAAUUGCUCCCACAGUUGAUUUCCUCAAACCAAGCUGCUUACCUAUUGCAGAUUCAGUCUUCCCAGCCUGGUGCAGGUCUACAAUUUUGUUUCUGGUGUCCUUUGACAGCUCUUUGGUCUUGGCCAUAGUGGAGUUUGGAGUGUGACUGUUUGAGGUUGUGGACAGGUGUCUUUUAUACUGAUAACAAGUUCAAACAGGUGCCAUUAAUACAGGUAACGAGUGGAGGACAGAGGAGCCUCUUAAAGAAGAAGUUACAGGUCUGUGAGAGCCAGAAAUCUUGCUUGUUUGUAGGUGACCAAAUACUUAUUUUCCACCAUAAUUUGCAAAUAAAUUCAUUAAAAAUCCUACAAUGUGAUUUUCUGGAUUUUUUUUCUCAAUUUGUCUGUCAUAGUUGACGUGUACCUAUGAUGAAAAUUACAGGCCUCUCUCAUCUUUUUAAGUGGGAGAACUUGCACAAUUGGUGGCUGACUAAAUACUUUUUUCCCCACUGUAUAUAGGGUGCUCUGUUCUCAUCUAGGCUUUUAACAUGAGCAUAUUUUUGAUCAGGGGAAGUUUAGCCCUUAGCUAACUCACACAUGUUUCCCAAAGCCAUAGCACACAAAAAAUCUAAAGAAAACAAGCAGCUGCACACAGUAAAACAAUUAGUUGACCAUGGCGACCAAGAUUUGAGCAGAGAGAAUAUAUUAUUUCAUUUUCUAGCUUGUCAUCUGAGUGACUGUUGGGCAAGAUGAACGGGAGAGAGGGUGGAGAAUGAGCGUAUGAUUCCAGACAAGAAUAGCUGCCUGUGUAUUGGGAAAUCUGUAAGAGAGAAUUGGGAAGAGCGGGAACAAAAAGCUGAUAUUUGUCUAAAUCUCUCUCCUCCCCAUCCUCCUUCUGCCCUUUCACCCUAUUUCUCUCUCUCUCUCUCUCUCUCUCUCUCUCUCUCUCUCUCUCUCUCUCUCUCUCUCUCUCUCUCUCUCUCUUACACACUUUCCUGUCUCUCUCUCUUCCCAGAACUCUCCGCUCUUCCACUACCUGCAGGAUCUAGGACACACAGACUUUGAGGCAUGUCCCACGGUGUCUCAGGAGGACGAGUGUGGAGGAGGAAAGGGGGGGGCGGCCUCCCUCCAGGACAGCCUCUCCAAACCCACAGUGAGUUACCCCCCCCCCCCCCCCACCCACAAACACACCCCUCACUGCUACCAUAAGGAACCCCCACUAUGAUCGCAUAGCCUUGGGGUGUUGUGUGUGUGCUUGACCAACUCACUGUACAUUCAUGCAGGCAGACAGAAAGUAAUUACAUAUGCUAUUGAUUCCAAACAAUGAAACAUAUCACACACACACUCACUCAUUCACACUCAUACCCGGCUGGCGGCAGACAGACAAGACAGUGAUCAUGGAGGAAAGAGAGCAACAGAUUCAGAGCAAGGUAUUUGUCUGUUCUGCAUACACACACUAUUGUCCCCUAUUUCAGGGAUAUGCUCUGUCUAUUUGGUCAGAUUUCUCUAUUAGUGCUGAGGGGAAUUCCUAGUCCUGCUUAGGAAACUCUGUGAAUGGAAGAAAGUCAUUCUCUCCUUUCUCUCUCUCUCUGUCUCUCUCUCUCUCUCUCUCUCUCUCUGAUUCACUGGGGCUGAAUUAGAUUACUGAUAUCUGAAGUGCAUUAAACUCUUCUACUGUCAUGCUGUAGGGUGUGUACAUGUAUUUGUCCGACCUUGUGUUUUUACUUGUGUGAACAUGUGUAUGCCUCUGUGGGACCUUGCUUGUGUGAUAUGUACUAUAAUAUACAUAUGCACAAUCAUAACUCUUUGCUUCGCUAGUAAUACUCAGCAACAUUUAAAUAACAAUUUAGAGCCCUCAAGCAAUGUUUGAAACAUCUUGAACGCACCCCUGUUUCUAUUUAGGGGGACAGGGUUCUGGCCAACCCAUGGUCACAUGACUCUGAGUGCGUUCCUUUUCCUGUUUAUGUAUUUCUUUCCUCGUAGGACAGGAAAUUAUGUCACAUUAGCCUCCUCCAGGAACUUUCCGUCCGUCCGUGUCAUGCUUCCUCUCCGAGAGCCUGUUAUUCGGAGGAGCGUUUGGGAAUUAUUUUCAUAGAGGACUCAUCAUGGAUAUAACCCAUUUAAACAUGGACAUUGCCAUUGCUAUUGGGCAUUGCCAUCAUCCACCAUUUUAAAGUAGUCAAGUAGUCAACUGGAUGGGGAUUCCUUUUGGUUAAUGGCAAAGAUAUGGUUAUUCCUUGUCCAACUUCCUGUAGCCCAGAUAGAGAUGCAGCCAGGGCCAACACAGCCACCCACACUGUGUGUGUGUGUGCGUGUAAACAUGGAUGAUUGCUUGGUGUAUAUUUGAUUUCCAGACAGUCAGAGGCCAACACUGGUUAUCUGCUCCUAUUUAGCACACACUGGGCCUGUUUAACAUACGGUUACAUCAUGGGCCAUCUGUAGUGAAAAUGUGUGUGUACAUGUGCAAGUAUGUGUGUGUGUGCAUGUGAUGGUGAAUGUGUCUGCUAGCAGAUGUGUAUCAGCCCAAGGUGAAAUUAGUAUUUUCUGAACCAUUGACCUACAUCCUAGAGAUUUGUGGAGUGGUGGCAUCAGUAUCCAUACAAAUGCAUGUUACAGUUACAUAAUAGUUGUUUUCAAAACGAAUUACAGUGUGGAGUAGAAUUUAAAGUGCUAUUUUAGAAUGCUUCUAUUAUCUGUGGAAAUGUCACCCCUGUUCUUCAAAAGAGUAACGCCACUAGAGGGGGGAAAAUCAUCCACAUUUGGGAAUGAAAUAGGAUUUCAAAAACGUUUGAUGGCAGGUGGGGCACAUUGAUGUUGUCAUUUUACAGAAAUAGAUGUCACACUAGACCAGAGCAUUGAAUGACAUCAAAGGAGGUUAGUGAGGAGAAAGGGAGAAAUAUGGGAAUAUGUCAGUGUGCCAUCUGAAUACAAGGCUCUUUGUGCCACAAUUGCCUGCUGACUCUACCAAUGGGAAUACAUAUUGCCUUUUUGCAUGUGUCAUGUCAGAUAAGUCAAAAAUGAGACAGCUAACUGAAGAGAGCGAGAGAGAAGGCAGGACAAGGUCAGUUGAAGUUUAUUGGCAAUAAAACCUUCACUGCCAGCCUGCCUAGUCUCCUCCUUCUUGUCCUGGAGUCAUAAGAGAGUGAGAUGGAGAGAAGAUCAAGCGUUGAGGAUUGCUUUAUGGUAAUAUGGCCAUAAGAUUUAGAAUACAUACAUAAUGUCACACAGUCUCUCUUCCUCUCCCUCCUCUCUCCCUCUUUCACUCCCCCUAACUCUCUCUCUCUAUCUCUCUGAGUCUCUCUCACACACACACACACACGUCUUUGCAGAGUGUUUUUUCCAUUCUCUGACUCUCUCACGGCAGACGGGGAGCACAAAGCCUCGGGAAUGUUUCCCAGGGUGACGCCAGCAGAAUACUAAAAAGCAGGAGAAAGACGGGACCAGGAAAUGAACUGUACUUACUAGUGAUGUGUUGGUUGUUUGUGUCACUGUGUUUGCAUUCCGCUGUCCGUGUGUAUGUGUGUUUUUCUGUGUGGCCCGUCUCUGUCUCCUGCCUUAAUGUUUGGAUAGGGGAUAUUAGAUUGAGAUGAGUGAGUAGUAAAGAAUGGAAGAGCCUACAUGGGCCUCGCAAGAGUUUUUGAGGCCACCGCCUGCCCCUCAUGACUAACACACACACACACACACACACACACACACUACCCUCUCUCUGGGGGGUGGUUUAGAUGCCAUGUUCCCUUCCUGCUGUUGUUGGUUGGUCGGUCAGUGUAGCGUGAACGCCCAGUCCUGCAGCUCAGACCCAUAAUCAAUAGCCCUGCAGCCUGCUGGCCAAUAACACACUGUGUCCCAAACUCCCAAUAACAGUCAGUCAGGGUGAAAACACACCCAGGCCAGUCUGGAUUUAUAGUAAGGGUGAAAUUGCCCCUAGACGCUGAUCUUGGUUCAGUUUUGCAUUUUCCACAAUAAUGGUUACGGUUAGGAUUGGGAGAGGGUAAGCUGAUCCUAGAUCUUUACCUAUUGGAAACUUCUUCAUGAGCAACUGUAGGCUGGCUGGAACACUGAAUCCUUACAGGCCCGGGUCAAAAAUAGUUCACUAUAUAAAGAGAAAGGCUGCCAUUUGGGACCUAACCUGAAAUAUGCCGCCUUAGUGGUGAUGUUGCCUGAUAGUACCAAUGACUGUAUGGGAUAGUACUGCUACUUUCCCAAGUAAUAGAAAAUACUGGGAGGAAAUUAAGGUAUUCUGAUCACUAGAUUUUGUCACUCGCUGUAGGCAUUUUAAUUCACUCUGUCUUCACACUAUUGUGGUUAAAUUAUCAGGAUUUCUAUAUAGACAUUUUGGAGAAUUGUUUGGUUAAAAGCAGCAUAUCAAAUUGUACAAUUUAGUUGGAAUGCUCAUAAUUACUCUGCUAGUAAUUAGAAUAUAAUUCUGUUUACUUUGUUUGUUUACAGUGAAUCUCCUCUUGGAGCCUGGCAGACUAGCAACUAGGGGGGAAUGGAGGGUGUUUGUGUGUUGGGGGGGGGAGUCGAGACACACACACACACACACACACACAAUCAGUCACUCAUUGUUGGUGUCUCAAAGAGCCUGUUUCCUGGGAUAUGCCCUGGAAUGAAGAACAUGUUUCUUAGGAAUGUGUGUGUGUCUGUUAUGAGCAUAAUUUGUGGUUGAUGGCCAGAGCUCAUUCCCCAGUGAGUUUGCUCUCACAGAUGUAGUAGUCAGUGUUGUCUGCUUCUGCUGUUCGUAUGAAGGAUGUGUGACUUAUUCAUUUGCAGAAUUAUGUCUGGUUGAUUACUCUGUUCCCCUUAUUAGCUCCAGUCUCUUCCCCGCCUGACCCAUUCUCCUCUGUGUUAUUGGCAGGGAGGACAUCUAUGGAGAUUGGCUGAUGCCUUGUGGAGGCGGAGCCCGUUCCACCAGGCCGCCUCGGCCCAUAGGCUGGAGCAGCAGCUGGUAAGGGUCACCAUGGAAACCAUGGGACUAAUCAUAGAACCUUAAGUGACUUCAUCCCAAAGACACGUUCUUAUAUUCUUUCUCUCUGUGUCCUCUUCCUCUCCCUCCCUCCCUCCAUCCCUCUUUCUUUCUCUCUCUCCCUCCCUAUAGGACUGUGUGUUUGGCCAGUACGCGGUGCGGUGUAUCCUGGACCAGGAUGUGUUGCUCCAGGAGGAUGUGGAGCUGAUCGAGCUAUUAGACCCCAGCCUGCUCACCCUUGGCUCCUCGCCCUCCGGCUCACCCAGACGAGACAACUCCCUGCCCUGCCCGCGCCUCCUCGCCUCACCCUCGCAAUGGUACGCCCCAAACACAGAUCCUAACAUAGUCUCACACACACAUACAUAUCCACAUGUACACACAGCAGACACUAACAUUCCGUCUCUUUCUGUCUUGGUUUUCUCUCUCUCUCUCGCUCUUUCUCUCUCUCUCUCUCUUCUCUUUCUCUUCUCUCUCUCUCUCUCUCAGGGACGUAGCAAUGCUGGUGGGCCUGGCUGCAGUGUUACUAAGCCUGUCCUCUCUCUCUGACGGGGCCUGGUCUCUGGCUGUUAUCCCGUGGUGUGCUGCAGUCAUGGGCUGGGUGUGGCUGCGAGGGGCGGGGCUGUGGAGACAGGGGAGGAUGCAGAGGGCAGCACACGCCCAGGCCUCCGAGCUGCAGACCAUGGUGCUGAACAGCAAGGCUCUGACCAGCCUGGCCCGCAAGUCCCUGAGACUACUACAGGAAACAGAGGUCAUCUCUCGAGGGUUCACCCUGUAAGUGGACCAUUUGAUCUACUAUCUAUCUACUUCAUCCAUAGUGGUAGUGUGCAUCCACACCUUCCUACUCAUAUUGUGUGCAUGCUAAUCCUGCUGUGAGUCUAUACUCCUCCCCCAACGUUAGUGUCCACUUUCACCCACUAGCACUUUCAUCUACCCAACUAUAAGGUUAGCACUUAGGCUAGUACCUAUUAUUAUCCUAGGUUAUCUUUACCUGCAGUGCCCACUUUUUACCUGUCCCUGCCUGUUCCACAGCCCGUUCCUCCCUACCCUAACCUCUGUUUUACUGUUCAGUCUCUGUAGUAUUGUCGGUAGGACAACAUGGUCACUGUAUUCGUCUCCAUCUGUUAUCGUCUUGUUUGUUUUGUGAUAGUAUUUUGUCAUAACCGUGUCAUAUGUUGUUAGCCUGUCCUGUUGUGUCUCAGUUAGUCAUAAACGGAUUAUUAGCAUGUCGUUAGCAUGUCGUGUUGCGAGUGCUGCCCUGCCUCUCUGGGACGUCUGCACAGUUGUAUCACAUUUCACUUGUCAAGUCUGCUCGACAGGGUGAGUGCAUCCAGCUCCUUUAGCAGGGCAGGGCUGGGGGCGGGGCCACGGGGGCAGCAGCUGAUUGGCCUGCGGAAGGCGGUGUACCGGGCGCUCCGCUCAGCCUUCAGAGCCUCCCGCCGAGCCACCUGCCACAUGCUCAAAGCAUAUCCUUCACACACACACACACACACACAGAGAUAGAGAGGAUAAGGUGUUCAUUUUCAAAUAGAGAAGGGAUAUUGCCAGACUAAACGUAUGCAGGAAUUAAACAAUACAAGCACUAAAGAUUGAUUUCUACCAGUAACCCUUUGGUAUUACCCUUGAGUGAAUGUGUGUUAGGAUAUAUUCUGUUUGACCAAUUGGCGGGUCAUUUAGUAUAUGAGUGUCAAUCUGUGAGCUGAUGGGCUCCUUAACUCGUACCCACUUAUCCCCUGAACUCUGAGAUCGACAAUGUGACCAACUACGUGUCUGCGGUGCCUCUGAAGGAGCUGGGGAUGGGCCUGGGGACAGAGCACCUGACUGACGAGGAGGCACAGGAGCUCACCGAUGACUACAGCCUCCCUGCCCUCAAGGUGAGUGAGUGAGUGAGUCAGUCAGUGAGAAAUUCAGAAGUGUCUUGCUUUUAUAAAGACAGUGGAGGAAAGAGCAUGAUGAAAAAGAAAGGAAGAAAGAUAGAUGGAAGAGAUCAUUUAGAUGCAGGUCGAUGGUGAAAUGACAGACAAUAGGUUCAGGGCAUUGUCAGAGUGAUUGUGUUAGCUACUCUGUUUGUCCCUGUGGGCUUGCUGUCCUCCAGGUGCUGUUCCAGCUGUGGGUGGGGCAGAGCUCAGAAUGUUUCCGUCGAUUGGCCCUGCUACUGUCGUCACGACGACUUGAGGAGCCCAGGGAAGACUGGGUCGAAGGUGAAACCCCUCCUCCGCCCAUACAUCGCUCUGUUGCCACGGUGACACAGCCUCUCCACGGUGCCCUGGCCAGUUGCCUAGGUGACCUGCAGCGUAGCUAUGAGUUCCACCGGUACUUUGAGACGCAGCACCGGACGCAGGGCUCGGACAGGGUGGGGCGCGCUCGACAGAAAUGCAGAGAGCUCAACGCACUGCACACGUCUGUACGCAGCCUGCAGCUGCAUCUCAGGGCCCUGCUCAACGAGUGAGUCAAACCUAACCCCUUAGUCAACCCUCACCCUCCUAACCCUAACACCUGUUACUCCAUACCCUCCUCACCCCUCAGUCUAAAGGCGUCAGUAUGUUUCAGUUCGGCUGGCGCCUAUCCGAGAAAUGAACGAGUGUGUUCGCAUACUCCCUUAAAAGACCUUCACUUGAAAAACUUGAAAAAGCGACAAUAGUACUGUUUGUCCAUUUUGAGACGCCGUAGCCAGUAUACACUUCAUCAAAAUAGUCAGAAAUCUGUCAUUAAUUUGGAUGUUUUUGUCGAGGAGAUCUUAGUCAUGCAAUUUUACAUCUAACUAAGAUGUUUGGUGCAGUAUUUCUCAAUGAAGAAAUGUGCAUGAAAACGAGUCUUCUCUCGUUGAAUAACAACAGACUAUUGAAGAAUCCCUACUGUUGACCAAUCACCGACGAAGGUGCGUAGACUUCGGCUAUCAAGUUCGGCUUGCCUCUAAAAAAAAUUGUGUGCCCGAACAGCCGGGAAAGAAAACUCUUACCAAAGUCCAAAACAAACAAAAACGUCUCAAUGUUGUCAUAAUAAAUGCACAAACUUGUCUGAACUGUUUCCGCUGGGAAGCAUGCGGACGCCUUUAGCCCCUUUUCCAUACCCCACUCACCCCAUCCUCCUCUCCCAUCCUCUCCUCACCCCUCCUCCCCUAACCCUCCCCUCAUCUCAUCUCCUCUUCCCCUCACUAGGAUGAUUAUCCUGGAGGAUGACCUGGAGAAGCUGAUGGUGACCAAGGAGGCGGUGGAGGUGACUGUGGAGGGCUACCAGGACAUCCAGGAGCGUCUCAGUCACCUGCAGCCCCACAUGCAGGCCAGCGCCGGAUGCUGGGAGGACACCGUGGGCCAGGUGGAGCGCAUGCUGAGGAGAGCUAACACCUGCCCAGGUGAAGAAAGGUUGCAGGUGUUACACACACUACCUUUAUUAGGCUUAGGUAGUUAACGCAGCUGACCAGUUGAGGUGACAGGACCUGAUGUUGGGUCUGAAUACUGGACCCCCCCCAGGUUUCCAUGGUUACAGUGGAGGGGUUAUUUUUAGUCAGGACUCCCCCCCCCCCGCCCAGCACAGAGACUAUUCAGAGUCAGAGAGGAAGUGGCUCCUUCAAAUAUAGGAUAAGAACUAGAGCUUGCAUGGGAGGGAGGGAACAAUGACCUAGUUUCACCACAGACUGUUUCAGCACAUUGUAGAGGUCUACUCUUUGGGAGCAGGGAGCAGGUUGACUGACUCAAGAGAGCUGAACACGGUUUAAACAAACAGAUAAUUGUAUAAAGUGGUAUGUCUGCAUUUGAGUGUGUGUGUGUGUAUACUUACCUGUAUGUGUGUGUAAUGUGUUCUAUUCAUCCUGUCUCUUUCAGGAACUCCUGAGGGUCCAGAGCAGUGUCUCCCUCCUGUGCCCUGCACCCCUGUCCCAACCUACACCCUCAUCCUGGACAGGGACCCUGUGCCUGAGGAGCAGGUACUGAACCUCAUACCUCACUGUGGAUCUACACACACAUACACACACACAACUAGGUGCCUGUAUUGUGUGUCUUUAUGUGUAAUGGGUCUUUCCUGCCCUCUGAUUGGCCAGGAGCUGGAAGCGUACGUGUCGGACUCAGAGGAUGAGAACGGGUGGGCGGGGUCGGUGGUUGACAUGCUGUCUCCCGAGGAACGAGAGCGCCAGCGGCGGGAGAGGGAGGAGUCUCGGCGUGUCCUAUCGGAGCUCAAAGCCGUGCUGGGCCAGCGGGCGUCCGAGGGCGAGAGAAGGAAGUGGAAACAGCUGCUCUUCAACGACCAAGGUCUCUCUCCUCCUACCCACAAUGCACCUCUCUGCCUCUGCCGCUCCUUUAGUUCUCUGUCUCUCUCUCUUUCUCUCAUUUGGUGUGAUCAUUUAAUGAUGAUGUUUUACUUCCUUUUGUCUCCUAGCGGCGGUGAUGCCUAUCGUUUCCGGGGUAACGUCAGCAGAAUCUUCUACAGAAUCUCAGACUCCCUCCGACCCAUUGGACACUCUGACACUUGUGGGCAUGGCCAAACCAGGUGUUGCCGAGGGAAACCACCUAUCGGACAGGCUGAACAACGAGGAGGAAGACGAGGUCAGGGACGAGUGCCCCCUCACAGAGGCAGAGGAAAAAGCACUUACAGAGUUCUGCUGUGGUGAGGCGGAGGAAAAGGGGGAGGAGGGUGAAGGUGGGGCUUCGGUCCCAGAUAGGACAGGCGGGGCGCAGCUCUACCAAUACGACGGGCUGCCUGACGAGGGGGCGGGACUGAACGGGCCCGACCUUCUAUUGCAGCCCCGGAUUCCCGCCAUCACGGUGAUGGACAGGCUGACGGAACUACACGGCUCGGCGAUGCUCAGCUUUAAUUCCGCCCUCGCCGCCCAGGUGGCGGCACAUUCGCACACCUUCGCCAACAUGGAGGAGCAGACGUUUGGAGACAGCGGAGAAGAAGAAGGGGUAGAGGGAGAGAGGCGUUCGCUACCUGAUGGACAGACAGCUGAGAAGGACUAGAGCCUAAACCCUCCUGCUUUACGGAGCUUUGAACAGAACAGAUAUGGAUAGACAGCCAGGGUUCCUGUAUUUAUGUCUGACCCCACUCCAGGGUUAUUUAUUGCGGCUGUCCGUUUCCUUGGCUCCAUGGGUCUCUGUCAUGUCUUCAUCGGUGUGUGUGCAUGAUUGGGUGAGUGCCUGCGUGUGAGUGAGAGAGCAUUGUGUGUAUGCGAGAGAGCAUUGUGUGUAUACCAAUGUCUGAGUGUGUUUGUGAGUUUUAAGAAGAGCACUACACCACUUUCUGUUACACUCCUCCACCCAUCCGUCCAUACUUUACCCACAAUUCCCCCUGUGGCCACUCUCCUGUGCUACUCAGGUACCAGAACCACAACACAAACUCUGACCUCACCGUCACAAGGUGUUCAGUUAAAUCCUAAGAAUCCCCUGUAGCUGUUAGAGGCAGAGAGACUUGGUUAUAGCAUCAAAUACAUUUUCUCUAACUAUUGACCAGUACCUUUCCAUGAUAUGUCAACGUUGCCUAACAGUUUAGAAUAUUGGUGUCUGAUUCAAAAAGCCUAAUUAGCUAAAUCAUUAUUAUUAUUUUUACCACAUCACUUCCUAUAUGACUCCUGUAUUGAAAAGUCGAGUCUGAUGUGUGGUUGCUCUGUUGAAUGUGUGCCCGACAGCCCAGGGUAGAAUGCUCAGGUACUGAAUCACUGACCGUGGGCUGAAUGUAAGAUGUUACUAUACACACACACACACACACACACAGAUGUUACUGCACACACACACCACACUGUAAAAGGGGAAGGAGGGGUACAUUUCAAAGAGAGCAGGGGGAAAGCUAUUUUUAUUAUCACUGUUUUAUUUCUGGUCUGCCUCUCUGAGUCUGCACUUAUACGCACUCCUCAACUCACUAGGAAUGGCCCUGUAACUGCAAAGAUGUGUUGGCUAAAACACCUGUCACUCAACCAACAGCAACCAAUGAGCAGACAGAGACAUCAGAGAGAAGGGUGGACAUAGUUGACCUUGUAAAAUGGACUAGCCUACCAGAUUUGGAAAUAUUUUGAUAUAUUGAGUGUUGUUUUUAUUUGAGAGAUGAAUAUGGUCAGGCAGUGGAUUGCUGUGAAAUGAAAUUCAUCCCCAUCCACUAAUGAACCAAACACAUUCACAGUGCUUAUUUCCCCAAUGGUCUCGUCAAGUGCUCCUCUCAUGCUCAUCUGAUGCAGGAUACAGGAUCAAUGAUGCUCCAAUGAAGAGUCUGUAGGGGAUGAUAACUGGGUGAUUAUUGAGGUAAAGUGUUGUACUACCUCAUGCCACCUCUACUGCACCUACUAUGAAAUCUGUUCCGCUGGGGUAUGUAACUCCAUACCUACUACAUGUAUCUCAAAUCUGAAUGGUCUGCUGUGUCAGAACGUUUUGGUUCUGUCUUGUGUAUAACUGUAAAUGUUUCUAUGGAGAUUGUACCACUGUAUCUCUCCCCUGUCUCGGCAUCUGUGUUUCCAUAACGCUCACUCACUAGAAUGUGAUCCAACUCUAUUGAUUUGGGGAUUGAGUUUGGGACAGUUAUUACGGAGUGUCCUGGAAUGCUACUAUCGGUGAUUACAAUUAAUUUGAGUGAUGAUCGAUGAUGAUGAUGAUCGAAGGACAGCAUGUGCUUAUUGACUGCACUGAUGAUUCCGCUUGUGUGUGUCAGGGGGUGUCUGACCACCCUGAGGUGCCCCCUCACCGUGUCUGCCUUGCCUUGUCUUGCCCUACAGUCCUCCACCAUAUGUCCCCUUCCUGAAGUGAGUUCUGUCCCUCCUACAUUUAAUUUGUAAAAUAAAAUGCUAUUCUGGA